AUAUACAAAAAGAAGUGAAGUUUUACUUACUCUCUCCUCUCUCUCUCUCUCUAACGAUCGCAGUUCUCUGGAAAUCCUUUUCAGUUUUGAGUUGAACAAAUAUUCGCGAUGGGUUCCGAUGCUGAUAUGGAGGAUUAUGGGUUUGAGUACUCGGACGAGGAGCCGGAGGAACAGGAUGUAGAUAUUGAGAAUCAGUAUUACAAUUCUAAAGGCUUGGUUGAAACGGACCCAGAAGCAGCACUUGAAGGUUUCGCAGAAGUGGUGCGGAUGGAACCUGAAAAGGCUGAAUGGGGAUUUAAAGCUUUGAAACAAACUGUUAAGCUUUACUAUAAGCUUGGGAAGUACAAAGAAAUGAUGGAUGCAUACAGAGACAUGUUAACUUAUAUUAAAUCUGCAGUGACUCGAAACUAUAGUGAGAAAUGCAUAAACAAUAUCAUGGAUUUCAUUUCUGGAUCUGCUAGUCAGAACUUUGGUCUACUGCAAGAGUUUUAUCAAACCACCUUGAAGGCCCUUGAAGAGGCCAAGAAUGAGAGAUUAUGGUUCAAGACAAAUCUGAAGUUGUGCAAAAUAUGGUUUGAUAUUGGUGAAUACGGGCGGAUGAGUAAGAUAUUGAAGGAGCUUCACAAAUCUUGUCAAAAAGAAGAUGGUACUGAUGAUCAGAAGAAAGGCACCCAAUUGUUGGAAGUGUAUGCAAUUGAGAUCCAAAUGUACACUGAGACUAAAAACAACAAAAAACUGAAGGAACUAUAUCAGAAGGCAUUAUCUGUCAAAUCUGCUAUUCCUCAUCCAAGAAUCAUGGGCAUAAUUCGUGAAUGCGGUGGAAAAAUGCAUAUGGCAGAGCGACAGUGGGCAGAAGCAGCCACUGAUUUCUUUGAAGCUUUUAAGAAUUAUGAUGAAGCUGGGAACCAGAGGCGCAUCCAAUGUCUAAAGUACUUGGUUUUAGCAAAUAUGCUGAUGGAAUCAGAGGUAAACCCGUUUGAUGGUCAAGAGGCAAAGCCAUAUAAAAAUGAUCCUGAGAUUUUGGCAAUGACAAACCUAAUAGCAGCAUAUCAGAGGAAUGAGAUUUUGGAGUUUGAAAGAAUUUUGAAGAGUAACAGAAGGACAAUAAUGGAUGAUCCAUUUAUUCGAAAUUACAUUGAAGAUCUCCUGAAGAAUGUGAGAACGCAAGUGUUGCUUAAGCUCAUUAAGCCUUACACAAGAAUUCGGAUCCCCUUUAUAUCAAAGGAGCUUAAUGUGCCAGAGAAGGAUGUUGAGGAGUUGUUAGUCUCCCUUAUCCUGGAUAAUCGGAUUCAGGGGCACAUUGAUCAAGUGAAUCGGCUUCUAGAGCGUGGUGACAGGUCAAAGGGAAUGAAGAAGUACACUGCAAUAGACAAAUGGAACACACAGCUUAAGUCCCUAUACCAAACUGUUGGCAACCGCGUAUGUUGAGAUUUUGCUAUUCACAUAAAUAUAGAAUUUAUGUCCAGCUUUGCAGCUCGGGAACAAAUAGUUGUCUAGAACAUAAGCAUAAAAGUGUGGACUAGUCUUUGAGGUUCUUUCUAAAUUUCUGAUUUUGGUGAGUGACGAUGGUCCGAAGAUCUGAUGUUCUAGAAGUGUUUUUGUGCAUCUAUUAGCAAAUUGUUGGACUACUGCACAAUCUUGUUUUCCAGGAUCACUUUAGGCACAACUACGAUGUGGUGAAGCCGCGCCUAACCAUUUAAUGUACGGAAAUGGAGUCUACGGAUCGACUUUGAAAAUGCUAAUGAAGGUUGUGCACAGUUUGAGAUGUCAAUUA